ACUACUGAUAAGACCCCGUGUACCUCACCACUGGCUGAUACGGCUCACUGCUCUGUUUGUAAUUGUGCCAGCGGCUGGUGGAUCAUCUGCUCUCCCGACCCCGGCGCUGUCAAAAGCCAACAACGCAAUGACAACCGGACUGGGGCCUGAUCCAACCAUACAUACCAGCCGUACAAGACCGUGAUGAGCUCCCACUGGUGGUACAUUUACCUCAUAGCACUCAGCCUGCUGGCCUGGCUGGUCGAUGGGCGACGGGAGGCCAAGUUCAACUGCACGCUGACCGCCAACUACUACGACUGCCUGUUCCGGGACGUGAUCAUACGCAGCGAGGCGGACGCGGACAGCAUCUUCUUCGGCGUGCAGAACUUCAACGACACCAGCAUCGCGUUCCGCGACUCCUCCAUGGUGGUGCUGCCGAAGAAGAUCUUCGAAACGUUCCCGGCGAUCCAGUACCUGUCGAGCGAUGCGUGCCACAUCCAGAAGCUGCUCGGCGGCACGUUCGCGAACGCGCAGCGCCUGCAGGAGCUGCACCUGUACGACAACCGGCUUACGCGGCUGAACAACUUCGUGUUCAACGGUGCGCUGCAGCUCGAGAUACUGUCGCUGUACAACAACACGAUCAAGCAGCUGGAGGAGCACGCGUUCGAUGGGCUUGGUCAUCUGCGCCUGCUCUACAUGGACGAGAACCAGCUGGAGAAGCUGCCGGAGGGUCUGUUUUCCGGGCUGGAGGAGCUGCAGAUACUGGAGCUGCAGCACAACCGCAUCAAGGAGAUCAACGACGACCAGUUCGUGCUGUGCCCGAUGCUGCGCGAGCUCAACCUGAGCGCGAACAUGAUCAGCACGUUCAACAUGUCGCAGCUGCAGUCGCUGAACAAGCUGGAAACGCUCGACAUUGCGCGGAACUAUCUGGACGAGGUGUUCGUCACCAAGUACCUCCGGACGCUGAACGCGCAGGAAAACCAGAUCAGCCGGAUCGUGAUGGACCAGGGCGACUUCUUUCAGCUGACGCACCUCAACCUCUCCCGCAACAACAUCGCGAACAUUAACAACAUCUUCAAGUUCCGCAACCUGAUCGAGCUGGACGUGUCGUACAACGAGCUGGUAACGCUGGACUUUGUCAUCUUCGCCUUUAUGAAGAACCUGAAGGACAUCAAGCUGAACAACAACCGGCUGUGGAUACUGGACAACGGUAUUCCGUCGCCGGCGAAAUCGCUGCGCAGCCUGAACCUCGCCCACAACAAGUUCCUCUACCUGGAUCUGGCCGUGCUGGACACGUUCCCGGCGCUCGAGUACAUCUACCUGCACGGCAACGAUCUGAUCGACAUGCAGAUGGAGGAGAUUGAGCAAAACUUCCCCUACCUGACGCUCGUCUCGUGCGACAACAACGACUGGGACUGCAUCAACCUGAUGCACAUCGUGACGCUGCUCGAGCGGGCGUACGUCAAGUGGUCGAACGGCAAUCGGAACUGCACCCGGCCGGAGCAGCACCGGUAUAUCUGCUGCACCUCAGCCGAGCACCAUCUGCGCGAGAAGAUUGUACGGCUGACGCGUGAAAUCUACAAAUCGCGCAAGAUGAUCAAGCAGCUGAUCAUGGAGAAUGCGGAGCUGCGUAGCGAGGUCGAGAUGCAGUAUCUGCCGAGCGACGGCGCUUAUCAGCAGAGCAUGUUCCACCGUCGGAAUCAUUGCUCAGUUUCAAUCCAUCAGUGGCGGAAGAAACACAGUGCUCCUGUUUCGAGUGCUAUAAUGUGCUGGUCACGCGCCGUAUCGCUAAUAAGCGUAAUUUUUUUAGCCUGUACCAACGGAGGACAGCCAUCCUACAGGAGUCAGCCAAAUUACGGAAAUAAACAAAGCUACUACGGAAAUCAGCAACACUACUACGUAAGACCACGACAGCCGGAAUACAAAUGCAUUGAGAGCAAUCUGCAGUACGACUGCGUGUUCUACGAUGUGCACAUUGACAUGCAAACGCAAGGCGUAUACUUUGGCUUUGCGGAUGUAACGCUUAACCGCCAGAAGAAUCUUGCCUUCAAAAACUCUACCGUGCGCAAACUGCCCGCUGCUUUACUCGCCUCCUACCGCCAGGUUGAGCUGCUUAAUCUGAACGACCUGCAGAUAGAGGAGAUCGAUACGAACGCGUUCGCAUACGCGCACACAAUUCAGGAGCUGUACAUGGGAUUCAAUGCGAUUCGAUAUUUGCCACCGUAUGUGUUUCAGAACGUCCCAUCGCUCACGGUGCUUGUGCUGGAACGGAACGAUUUAUCCAGCCUGCCACGCGGAAUCUUCCACAACACACCCAAGCUCAGCGUGCUGUCGAUGUCAAACAACAACCUGGAGCGCAUCGAAGACGACACUUUCCAAGCGACUACAGCGCUUCAAUAUCUGCAACUGUCCAGCAACAGGCUUACGCAUGUUGACCUUUCUCUCAUUCCCAGUCUCUUCCACGUCAACGUCAGUUACAACCUGCUCUCAACGCUUGCCAUACCGAUCGCGGUCAAAGAGCUAGACGCAUCGCACAAUAGCAUCAACGUCAUACGCGGGCCCGUCAACGUAGAGUUGGCCAUUCUGAAGCUCCAACACAACAACUUGACUGACACUGCCUGGCUGCUGAACUAUCCCGGACUGGUUGACGUGGAGCUUUCCUACAACCAGCUGGAGAAGAUAACGUACCAACAAUUUGUCAAAAUGCAGCGCUUGGAGCGACUGUACGUCUCCAACAACCACCUUGUGGCGCUCAAUUUUUACGGUCAACCCAUCCCAACGCUCAAAGUCCUCGACCUGUCGCACAACCACUUGCUGCACGUGGAAUGUAACCAGCCACAGUUUGAUAGGCUGGAGUACCUGUACCUCGACCACAACUCCAUCGUGACGCUUAAGCUUAGCAACCAUCAUACGCUAAAUACUCUUACACUAUCGCAUAAUGACUGGGAUUGUAACAGUUUACGUGCACUUUUCAGAACAGUUGCCCGACCUGUGAUAGACGAUGUUGACCAGCACUGCAAGAUUGACUAUUACCUUGAGCACGGUCUCUGCUGCAAAGAAAGUGACAACCCGUAUCUGAACCGGCUAUUACAGUACAUCGCCAUGACGAGCGUGGUGGAAAAACAGCGUAAAAAAGAACCCUGCAGUGCCACAGAUGCCAUCAACAGCGUGCAGAGUCUGGUCCACUUCAUCACACAGCAGGGUGUUGUGUCACUGGAGAGUAACGAACACCUCGAAGCCGAAGUCAACGAGCUGAGGGCUGAGGUGCAGCAGCUAACCAACGAGCAGAUACAACAGGAGCAGCUGCUGCAGGGGCUACACGCCGAGAUCGAUACCAAUCUACAACGGUUCCGCCUGCCCAAGGAUGAGCUAGCGCGCCCGAUUGAUAGUCUUAACAAACUAUUUACCCAUCUGAAGGAGCGCCUUUUGCAUGAGUUGGUCAAAUCACAAGUACUCGUUAAAAAGGCAGAUGAUAAGCUCAAGGACCAGAUGGAUGUUAUGCAACAAAAUAUAGAUCGCCGUUUGGAACGGAAAGCUAAACUUAGGAAGCAAUAUGCAUUGAGGCAGGAGACGAUGCUGAAGCGUCAAGCAGUGAAUCAAUUACUGACACAGCUCGGCAAUCACAGACCUAACUAGAGUGGUGCCAUUGUAUUAUGCAAGAUCAGAUGUCGGCAUUUUGUUAAAUAAAAACGUCGAAUUAAUAUAAUCAUGAUCCAUGCGGGCCAGUGAUCGAUAGCAAAAGUUCACUUUUUUUGUGGUGGUCUGUGCAAAACUUAGGCGUCAUCCAUGAAUUAUGUAGCGCUGAUAAGGGAGGUUUCCGAUUGUAAACGAUGAUUCUUCUUCUUGACUUAACAUUCUUCGCGAUUAUACCCGCCUAAAACGGAUUUUGCUACUUUUAUGUUCCUUGCUACUAUGGAUUCUCAAUCAAAUUCUUACUGCUUCGUGUUUGAGUUACGGGUUUACGUCUCACACACCUUCGCUAUUGUCCGGUCGAUGUCAUGCGGUGUGAUGUACGAAGUGCGUUGCAAAAUGAGCAUAAUAAAAAUAAUUAA